AUGCCGCCCAACGCGUACUUUGAGUGUGGCACCUGCGACAAAGCCUUCCCCGCCGGAUUGCGAGCUCGCGACAAGCACUGCCGCUCGACAGGCCACUCGCCCCCGAACCUAGAGUGCGACACAUGCCACCGUUGGUUCUGGUCCGAACGCGCCCGCCAGCAGCACAUGGACGCUCUCGACCACCGCGUAUUCUCCUGCUCCGUGUGCUCCGAGACGUGGCCUUCGCAGGAUGCAUGCACCGAGCAUGAGCAUGACGACCACCUCUACUGCGCCGACUGCGAUCGCUACUUUCAGUCUGACAACAACCUCAGGAUGCACCUCAACUCACGCGUCCACAGGGGCCUGACCGUCCUCUGCCCCUUUUGCUCUCGCCUCUUCUCCACCGCCACCGGCUUGACCCAUCAUCUCGAGACGGCCUCGUGCCCCAAGGCCCCGCAGCUCAACCGCGACGAGCUGUUCCGUAUCGUCCGCUCCAAGGACCCCGGCGGCAUCAUCUCCAAGAACCUCCUCGAGUGGACCAGCUCCUACGAGUACGAGGUAGACUCGGGCUCGUGGAACGGCCGUGGCUACGAGUGUUUCAUCUGCGGCCGCGUCUUUGGCCGUCUGUCGAGUCUCGAGCAGCACCUCAACUCGCCCAUCCACCAGCAGGAGCUCUACCAUUGCCCCAACACCUCGUGUUGCAUGAACUUCAAGACCCUGGCCGGAAUCAUCAACCACCUCGAGAGCGAGUCCUGCCGCUUCAUCAAGUUCGAGCGCGUGCAGCGCAGCGUCAACAACUUUGUCAGCAGCAACCGUCUCCUUUCCUUUUGA